AUGUGGACCGAGUCGGCGCGUGUACUUUGUGGCGUUCUUUUGACGCUGUGUUUGACAGCUCCUCCCGGAACGGAGGCGGCCAGCAUCGAUCCGCAAGGUGUCGUCAUCAGUAAACCUCAGAAGGAACAGAAAGACAACAAUUCGCUCUACCCACUGACGGUGAUUCAUUUGAACGAUCUGCACGCACGAUAUGAGGAGGUGAACACGGUUUCAACCCGGUGCAAACCGGAUGAAGGUGACCGGUGCAUCGGAGGGUACGCGAGGGUGGUGGCACGCGUUAGGGCCCUCCAGCAGGAGUACGCCGACCGGAACCCUAUAUAUUUGAACGCGGGCGAUAGCUUCCAGGGCACGAUCUGGUACACACUGUUGCGAUGGAACGUGACGGCGUACUUCUUGAACCUGCUACCAGCCGACGCAAUGACCCUCGGGAACCACGAGUUUGACCAUGGCGUCGAGGGUCUCGUCCCAUUCCUCGAAGGGAUUACGAGUCCUAUGGUGGUGGCGAACAUUGACGACGCGGAAGAACCAACGCUGCAGGGCAAGUUCCAGAAAAGUGUGAUCCUAGAGCGAGGUGGAAGGAAGAUCGGCAUAGUGGGAGUGAUACACCACGCCACGGAUACACUCAGCAUGACGGACCGGGUGCGAUUUUUGGACGAAGUCGACGCCGUCAACCGGGAAGCAGCUGCCUUGAAGCAGUCCGGUGUGGAUAUCAUCGUAGUCCUUUCGCACUGUGGCAUCACGAUCGAUCGGAAGUUGGCCCGUGAAUGUCCGGAUGUGGAUGUGGUGGUCGGUGGACACUCCCAUACGCUUCUGCACGAAGGACCGGUCACCGAUUGGCCGGAUAGUCCGGAGGAUAGCUAUCCCGUGGUUGUGGAGCAGGUGUCUAGUGGCCGGAAGGUGUUGGUCGUGCAGGCCGGCUCGUUUAGCAAGUACGUUGGCCACCUGGUGAUGUACUUUGACGACGCCGGGGAGAUCGUUAGCUGGGAGGGAAACACCGAGUACCUAGACGAACCGUACCCCAAGGACGAUGAAAUCGAGCGGGAACUUGUGCCUUGGCGUGCGCAGGUAGAUUACCUGGCCGUGCGCCCAGUUGGCGUUUCGUUGGUAUUCCUCGCGAAGGAAGGAUGCCGAACGGGAGAAUGUAACUUUGGAAGUUUCGUUGCGGACGCCUUCGUGGACUACUAUGUCGGCCGGGAUGUGGCCGAAUCGGAGUGGACGUACGCUGCAAUCGGUAUUACCAACGAUGGAGGAUUGCGGACGUCACUCAACGCCGGUACACUCACGUACGAGGACCUCGUCACGGCCAUCCCUUACGAGAACACCGUCGACACGUUCGACCUGCGUGGCGAGCACCUUCUGGAGGCCCUUGAGUACAGCGCGAGUCGUUACGGAACCGCCGAUGUGCUACAGUUCUCAGGCCUCCAAGUGGUGUUCAACCGGACGAAACCCGCCUUCCAGCGGGUUCAGAGUGUGCAAGUGCGCUGUCGAGUCUGCCGAGUGCCACGAUACGAACCGCUGCAGCCAAGCGCCGUAUACCGAAUUGCGAUUGCCGCCUGGAUUGGCAGCGGUGGCAACGGGUACGAGAUGUUCGGUCAGCACCGGUCAAACGUGCGCGUUGGACCGCUGGAUAUUGACGUGUUCGAGAGGUACGUGCAGAGGAUGUCACCGAUCAUGCAAGGUACCGAUGGGCGUAUGAAGUUUGUCACGUGAUUUCAAGCGCACUCGAGAAUGGUUUUGUACGUCUUCAUGACAUUGAAAGACUCCUUCUUUAACAAAAUAAAUGUUUACUUCAUGACAAAC